AUGUGUGGGAUAUCAAGCACUCAGUCUGGAUGUGUGGGGAAAUCACGCACUAAGUAUAGAUGUGUGGGGAAAUCACGCACUAAGUCUGGAUGUGUGGGGAAAUCACGCACUAAGUCUGGAUGUGUGUGGAAAUCACGCACUAAGUCUGGAUGUGUGGGGAAAUCACGCACUAAGUCUGGAUGUGUGGGGAAAUCACGCACUAAGUCUGGAUGUGUCAAUUCAGCCACAAAUAGAAUGAUUGUGCCAAGAUCGAUCGCAAUUAUUCGGUCAAUAUUGCUGUUGGACGUCUGUCAGCAGUUUCUCAUCUGGGACUGCAGACAAAAAAGGGGGGAAAAAGGGGGGGGGGGGGGGGUCACCCAGUUCCAUUUGUAG